GGGCACGGGCAGUGGGGCGCCCGGGAGAGAGCCCAGCUUGCUUGGGGUUUUGUCGUGGGGAGGGGGGAAGGCGGCCGCGGCUCCGGAGAAGGCAGAGGAGCGGGGCGGGAGGAGGCAGCGGCCAGGGUGUGAUGGUGCGGGGGCCGGGAGCCGGCGCGGAGCUGCCGCGCUGAGGGGCGACAGGUCCGGAGUCCGCAGCGCCGCCGCGUCGCUCCCGAGGACGGGCGAGCGGGCGGGAAGAUGCUGAGCAGGUUGAUGAGCGGCAGCAGCAGGAGUCUGGAGCGCGAGUACAGCUGCACCGUGCGGCUGCUGGACGACAGCGAGUACACCUGCACCAUCCAGAGAGAUGCCAAAGGCCAGUACCUGUUUGACCUCCUCUGCCACCACCUGAACCUACUUGAGAAAGACUACUUCGGGAUUCGUUUCGUGGACCCAGAUAAGCAGCGGCAUUGGUUGGAGUUCACAAAGUCGGUGGUGAAGCAACUGAGAUCCCAGCCGCCAUUCACCAUGUGCUUCCGGGUGAAGUUCUAUCCGGCAGACCCUGCUGCCCUGAAAGAAGAAAUAACCAGGUACUUGGUCUUCCUGCAGAUCAAAAGGGAUCUCUACCAUGGCCGUCUCCUCUGUAAAACGUCAGACGCCGCCUUAUUAGCGGCCUAUAUCCUUCAAGCGGAGAUUGGGGAUUAUGACCCGGGAAAGCACCCCGAAGGCUACAGCUCCAAGUUCCAGUUUUUCCCGAAACACUCAGAAAAGCUGGAAAAGAAAAUUGCCGAGAUUCACAAGACCGAACUCAGCGGUCAAACACCAGCAACGUCCGAGCUGAAUUUCUUACGAAAGGCACAGACAUUAGAGACCUACGGCGUGGACCCUCACCCGUGUAAGGAUGUGUCGGGAAAUGCUGCGUUUCUGGCCUUCACUCCUUUCGGGUUUGUUGUUCUUCAAGGGAACAAGAGAGUCCACUUCAUUAAAUGGAACGAGGUGACCAAGCUGAAAUUCGAAGGAAAGACUUUCUAUUUAUACGUAAGUCAGAAAGAGGAAAAAAAAAUCAUUCUCACAUAUUUUGCUCCAACUCCAGAAGCCUGCAAGCACCUCUGGAAAUGUGGAAUCGAGAACCAAGCCUUCUACAAGCUGGAGAAGUCAAGCCAAGUCCGCACAGUGUCCAGCAGCAAUUUAUUCUUCAAAGGGAGCCGGUUCCGAUACAGUGGCCGAGUGGCAAAGGAAGUAAUGGAGUCAAGUGCCAAGAUCAAACGGGAGCCGCCAGAGAUACACAGAGCAGGGAUGGUUCCCAGCCGCAGCUGCCCUUCCAUAACCCACGGACCACGGCUGAGCAGCGUCCCCAGGACACGAAGAAGAGCUGUGCACAUCUCCAUCAUGGAAGGUCUCGAGUCCCUGCGAGACAGUGCCCAUUCCACACCGGUGCGAUCCUCUUCCCACGGGGACACCUUCUUGCCUCACGUGAGAAGCAGCCGGGCAGACAGCAAUGAGCGUGUAGCUGUGAUUGCAGACGAGGCCUACAGCCCCGCAGACAGCGUGCUGCCCACCCCUGUGGCCGAGCACAGCCUGGAGCUGAUGCUGCUGUCCCGGCAGAUCAACGGAGCCACGUGCAGCAUCGAGGAGGAGAAGGAGUCUGAGGCCAGCACCCCGACUGCGACAGAGGUGGAGGCCCUCGGAGGCGAGCUGAGGGCCCUGUGUCAGGGGCACAGCGGGCCAGAGCAAGAACAGGUGAAUAAGUUUGUUUUAAGUGUCCUCCGUUUGCUCCUUGUGACCAUGGGACUCCUCUUUGUUUUGCUCCUCCUCCUGAUCAUCCUCACUGAGUCUGACCUUGACAUUGCUUUUUUCCGAGAUAUCCGCCAGACCCCCGAGUUUGAACAAUUCCACUAUCAAUACUUUUGUCCCCUCAGGCGAUGGUUUGCCUGCAAAAUCCGCUCAGUGGUGGGCCUGCUCAUUGACACCUGAGAAGGCAUGACUCCUCCCAAUAACUAGCCAGGUGGACCAAGGAACCCGGCCACCCAUUCCCAGCAAUGGGACCCAUCGCGGAACCAUCGGCACACACACCAAGUCCUCUCAUGACUCAAAGUCCACUGCAGCCUAGGAGGGUUGUUCCCAGAAGAAAGGGAUGUAGGCUACUGCCCGGGAAAGAAACUGGGAAAACUCAAUUUCUUCAGAGGCUCUUUCAAGAAAGGCUCAGCAACCCCGUUUCUCAUCCUUCAAUACGCAGGAUAAUUUUUGGGUUCGAGUUUUAAUUUUUCAUAGAUGUGUAUUAUUUUGAAAGUAUCCAAAUAAUAAUAAUAAUAAUAAUAAUAAUAAAUGAUUUAUUUUACUAUACCGAUUACCGCAGCAGUUCACCGGGUAGAUGGGACAUGCUGGUUGAAGACUCAGAGAGCCGCUGUCUGUUCUCUGUCCCCCGAAGCUUUCUGACUGGUGCCAGCGGGUUCGGGGGCUCAGCGGGGGCAGGCUGGGGCUGCGGACAGGCAGGAGUAUGAAGGAAGCAUCUUGUGUAGAAUGAUUAAAUAGAAAGUUGUUUCUUAUGCUGGUCUGAGUUGGAUUCUCUUUUCCUUUUGUUUUCAAACCUGAGCAGAGUGGGCCUCUGCAGGGGACCAGUGCUGGCGGCAGCGGCAGGGUAGGGUAAGUCUGUCCCCUUAGACUAGAGCCUAGUGGGCGCCACUGAGUUUUAAUGAAUUUUUUUUUUCCCCUGAAGAAUCUCAAGACUUUUCUAAUGCUUCUGGGGCUUUGAGUGAAGUGGGCAGCGCCGGAGCGUGCCGUCAGAACUGUCCCACAGCGUAGGUACCGGGGCCUGUGCUAAGUCACCUGAGAGCCUGCAGAGCCACAGAGGCCAGUGCUGCUUCCGUACAGUGCAACCCCUUCAGAAAAAAGACUAUUUCAAGCUCUAUUUUAACAGCGAAAUGUUAUUUUCUUAUCCACUCACAUUUUGUUUUCACCUUAUGAAUUAAGAAAAUAGAACGUGAGGAAUCAAAAGGUGCAAGAGAGAAAUGGAGAAAAGCAUCAAGGACGAGCGGCAGCCUUGGAAGGAGCGGGGAAGCACCCUAAACAGAAUCUCUAUAAACAGUGCCCAUGGGAGACAGGAACGUGGCGGGGGCUGAGGCCUGCACUCACUGUCGGACACUUAGAGUCAGCCACAGCAGCACAGGUGCACACACUGGGGUGAGCAGCAGGCCCCAGGCCUCUACACUUCCCACCGCCGAUAACGAGAGCGUGUUUCAUCUCAGGGAGGGAGUGCUAAGUCAUCUGAGGCCCAAGGACUUACAGGAGAGUCAAGAGGCGUGUCUACUCCUGGGACCCAGACGGCGGUGGGGCUGAGCAGCCCCAGAUGCAGAACAGAUUGGGCUGUAGCACAUUCAAGCUCCUCUUAUUUUGUUGGCUGCUGUGGCAGAACCAUGUCCACGUUCAGAAUAUGGCAGCCAUCAAAAACAAAGCAAACCACACACACACCAAAAAAACAAAAACAAAAACAACCCAAAACACCCCCCCACACACACACACACACAAACACAAGAAUUUGGAGGCUGCCAGGGAGGGCAUUUACAUAAUUUUAAAGAAAGAUGCCAUUCUUAUCUAGACCAGAGGUCAGCAAACUACCCAAUAAAAUUUCGGUUUUGCGGACCAUACUCUGCUGCCCUAGCCCACCUCCGGUAAUGCAUGCGUAAAGGAGCAUGGCUUGUUCCAAGAAAGGAGAAGUUGAGCAUAGGGCUAAGGCUGUGUAGGCUCAGUGGGUAGAGAACUUUUCUAAAAUGCAUAAGGCCCCGGAUUUGAUUGCUAACACUACAUAAAUCCAGGUGUGGUUGCAUACACCUGUGGUCCCAGCAUUCGGCAGGGAGGCAGGAGGAUCAGAAGUUCAAGGUUAUCCUCAGUUACAUAGGAAGUUAAGGGUAGCCUGGGAUUCAUGAGGCCUUGUCUCAGAACACCAGCCUCCCACGUCCAAAAAAUUAAAACUAAAACUGCAGUAGUCUGAGACUGGUCCCCAGACGUAAGAUGCAAACCCUGACCAAACAGCUGUCGACAUGUCAGCGAGAGGGCCAGCUUCGAUUCCUGUCUCACGUAAGACACCCAGAACCAUUUCCCAGUGGGGACUCUGCCGGGUGCUCCACCAACCAACCAGCAUGAUGUCUCAUCUGAUGCCGAGAUCAAGUACUGCCACUCUGAACAGCAGUGACUCUUAAGGAUGGAUCCAGGCCUCUCUGAUCAUUUCCAUACCAGCAACAAACCUGGGUAAAAUCUAAAACACUUACCACAAGACAAGCGGAGGGGAUCCUGGUGAAGACUAGAGAUCACUUAAAAGCAGUGAGCCACUGCCAGCUGUCAACUGCACAGGGGAGGUUCACUUAGCACAGGCCUGAUGUCAGAGACCCCUGAGAGGUGAAGGCUGUUGGGAAACAGGGCUGGUGUGAAGUGGAUUUUCUCUUCUUAUGCAACAUAGCAGACUGCCUUUAGAGUAGUGCGCCUACCUCAGUUUGUAGAACCCAGUGUCUAUGCAGUGGGUGGUGGCCUUGCCUCUCGCCUUUCCGAGCCACGGGAGGGAGGCAGCCUGCCACCGCCUGGUGGGUUUCUUGUGUCGACAGUCCUAACAGUGCAGUGGUCUGUGCCGUUUCCAACACGUGACCCGGAACCUUCAGGUUGUGUGUGUGUUUGUUUGUCUGUUUUUUUCCUCAAGGCUUAUCCCAGAAAAUAAGGACAAGAAAAGGCUUCCUCCGACUUGGUUUCCAAAUAGUUUUCAAUAGCUCAGUAACAAACCCCUUUACUGGUGACUUUUUCAGUAUCUUCCCAUCAUUAAAGUUCCAGUUUUCAGUCUGUUUUGCUGUGUUCUAUGUCUCUCCCUUCCUCUCAGAAUUCGUUGGUCUCACUGUAGAACAGCCGAUUUGCAUAGCAUCAUUGAGCAGAGGAGAUGAUACUGAAUUAGUGUCCCGCACCUUUAGAAGUAGAGGGUUACCUACCUACAAAUGUGAAUUUCUUAGUUUCAUUUAAAAAUCUAGAGCUGUUAAUCUUUUGUGUGCCAAAAUCUAAGUUAGGUUUUCCUUCAAAGCAAUGUACUUUUUUCUACAUAUGCAGUGUGUAGCUAGCAGAAAAUCAUUGGUGCCAUGAAGAUUAUUUUUAAAGUUAAUAAAUAUUUAAAUAUCGUAAGAGAAUGGGUCUUUUUUAAAAAAAACAAAACAAAACAAAAAUCUUGUAACUGGUUCCACUUUCUCAAGUUCACAAUCCAUGGAGAGAUGAAUGGCUCAGUACUUGCAGAUUCAGAUUCAGUACCCAGGUUCAGAUCUCGGCACCCACAUGGUGGCUCAAAUGUUCCAGGGGCUCUGAUGCCCUUCUCUGACCUCCUGGGCAACAAACAUGCAGUGCGCGUGUGUAUGUGUGUGAAUAAAUAAAACUGGAAAAACCCUUUAUCAGCUAGGAAACAGGACUACCAUUUCCUUAUGAUUGUCCAUAAUUAUGAAAACUAAGCCUCCAAUACUUAAUUUUGUUUGUUUUUAGAUGGGUUCCCACUGGCUGGCCUGGAACCCACUAGGUAGACUGAACUACCUUUGAACUCAGAGAUCUGCCUGUCUGCCUCCCGAGUGAUGGGAUUAAGGUCGUGGGCCACCACACUUAACUCUUAGAUUUUUUUUUUCACCUUUGUUUUAAUCUUAUGUUAAGAGAGUUCUGCAUGUACGUCUGGAUACCACGUGUAUGCGGUCCCUGCAGAGACCAGAACGCGGCACUGGAUCCCCUGGAACUGGAGUCCAGCGUGAUUGUGAGCCACCAUGUAGUUGCUGGGGAUCAAACUGGGGUCAUUUGAAGGAGCAGCCAGUGCUCUCAACUGCUGAGCCAUCUCUGGCCUUUAGAUUCUUAACUAUAAAGAAGAUUACUCGAGAAA